AUGGCCGAUUCUCAGCUCACUAACCACCUACGUCCAAACGACGACGCAACUCUCACCGUCCGCGUUAUAAAGUCCUUCAAGUUCAGGACAGAACGCAGCCUUGUUCUGCAUCAUAUCGAUCUCAACACCACCACCGUCGCUCAGCUCAAAGAACUUGCGAAGCAAGCGGUGGCCACGCAGCCGGGAUGGAAGCCGUAUCGUAACGUUUCUCUCGACACGUUAAAGCUCUACACGAAGGCGCACGGCGCUAAGACUUCAAAUCUCAUCAUCAAUUUGGACCACGACGAUUGGAUACUACGUGAUGAAGAGAAAUCUCUGGCAGAAGCAGGUUUCGAGAACGAGACCGAGGUCAGCUUCUUCAACCUCAAUGACUACGAAGAAUUUAAGCUAAAUCCCGAGACUAGCUGGGAUGUGUAA